UGCUCGCGUGGAUCGAUAAGUCUUGUCACCGACAGCGAUGACGAGCUUGAAUACCACUAGCGCCUCUCUUCCACUGAAUGGCACAGUGAAAAUUUCUCACUCGGAUGGCAUUCCUGUUGAACUGUCCGCAACCCCGACGCCUGACAAGCAAACCGGAGUGAAGAUCCUGCCUCCUGAAUUCUAUGCACCUUUCAUCUCUGCGGAUUCGAGGCGCCGCAAGCCGAAUAACAUACGUGGUCUGUUCCCAUUAGAGAAGAAGCCCGGAGUCAUUUCUCUCCUUGCCGGAAAGCCAAAUCCCGAAACUUUUCCUAUCUCUAACCUUCAAGUUACUGUGCGCAACCCGACUGACGGCUCCGAGACCAAGUUAGAUAUAUCUGGUUCUGAUAUAUCGGCGGGGUUGCAGUAUGGAUCAACUGCAGGAUAUGAACCUCUAGUAGAAUGGGUCGAAGGUUUACAGGCAUAUUCUCAUCGUCGUAUGAGAGAUGAAGGUUGGAGAAUCUCGAUAGGUUCAGGUUCUCAGGAUCUCUUAUACAAGGCAUUCCAUGCGCUGGUCAAUCCAGGAGACUGCGUUCUUAUAGAAACACCCGUAUACUCUGGCGUUCUCCCAUUGCUUGACACGUUACGAGGCGAGGUCGUGCCCAUCGAAACAGAUGCAAAUGGUAUCCAAUCUUCUUCACUGAGGUCCGUACUCGAGAAUUGGCCUGCUGCUAGACCUCUUCCAAAGUUCCUGUAUACCGUUCCAUAUGGAUGCAACCCAACCGGUAUGACGGCUUCAAGGGAAAGACGGCUCGAGGUACUUGACCUUGCCAGAAAAUACAACUUCCUCAUCCUAGAAGAUGAUCCAUAUUAUUAUCUGUACUAUGGCAGAGCUGCCCGCCCUCCCUCCUACUUUGCUCUUGAACUUGAGCAAGGGGAAGUUGGUCUAGUUUUGCGCUUCGAUAGUGUGUCGAAGAUUUUAUCUGCCGGAAUCCGCAUCGGCUUCGCCUCUGGUCCGAAACCAAUUCUAGAUGCAAUGGAUUUGCAUACCGCGUCUGCGAAUUUGCAAGUGUCCACACUUACACAAGUAAUUGCCCUUACUAUCUUCAAGCACUUCGGAUAUGACGGAUUCAAACUCCAUACUGAAAACGUGUCCGAGUUUUAUCGCCAAAGACGCGAUGUCUUUGAGGCUGCUAUGCAUCGUCAACUGGAUGGCCUUGUGGAAUGGAGUACACCAGAAGCUGGCAUGUUCUUCUGGUUCAAAUUAUUACUCAACGAUCCUUCAAAUUCUACUAAGGUAAUUGACGAUGAUUCCGAAGAAAUCAUCCGUUCAAGAGCAUACGAAAACGGUGUGCUCGCUCUACCUGGAACGUCCUUCAUGCCUACUGGCAGCAAGACCGCGUACGUUCGCGCAUCUUUCAGUGUUAUUGAUCCAGGUGACAUCGAAGAGGCCUUGAGGCGACUAAGAGAAGUCAUUCUAAAGGCCCGAUCUGGCGCGUAGCCGGAUGAAAAACAGCGGAUGAAUCGGGCAAAAACCAAUUUAAUAAACAUGUACUAAAUAUUUUGCUGAAAAUAGGGAUGAGAAUAAAG